AUGGCUUCUUUUUUCCCUCGCGCUGCGUUCGCAUUCCUCUUCGCUGUUGCCCUGGGAGCUCUUCUCCCCUCUUCCGCCCGUGCUGCUCGUGCUGGUCUUGGCGUGCGCUCCAAGGGGGGCCUCACCACGUGUGCUGCACUCAAUGCCCACGUUGGUGCUGACAUCAUCGGAGCCAAUGUCGACGGCACAGCUGACAUCAGCAUUCUCCGCAGGGGAGCAUCCGUGUAUCUGUCCUACAAGAUCACAGCACAGGGCUUGACUCAGCGCCCAUCAUCCUCCCCAGCCAUCGUCGCCCGUAACCCCUGCUCUCCCUCCUCCACUUCCUCCUCCUCGCCUGCUGUGGCCGCAUCUGCUUCCCUGUCCGGAGACGGCUCACUGCACGCCUCCCUCUCUCCCUCCACAGGAGCCACCGGCUCUGACGGAUCGCUCUCCGCCGCAGGGGGUCUCUCAGCCUCCACAAACCUCCUCAACACCGGAGCCACUGCUGCGGGCAGCACUGACGCCUCCCUCCCCAAAGCCACUGCUUCAGGCUCAGGCUUUAUCGCCGCCUCAACUGCUCUCCUUAACACGUCAGCCACUGCCAGCGGUGGUGCCCACGCGUCUCUCCCCAACGCCACUCUCUCUGGCUCUGGCUCUCUCUCUGCCUCCACCGGUCUGCUCAACACAUCUGCUCGUGCCGGCGCUGGUGCGGCAGCCUCCCUUCCCAACGGCACUGUGUCUGGAUCUGGUUCUCUGGCUGCUUCCUCUGGGCUGCUCAACACCUCCGCUGACGUUGGUGCCGGUGUCAACGCAGGCUCGGGCGGUGUCCAAGCCAACCUCGGAGGCUCGGUGAACCUUGACCUCAACCCCGCUGGUGUUAUCUCGGGGAUUGGUGGGGUUGUCUCUGGCGCAGGUGGAGCAGUAGGGAGCGUGGUUGUUUCGGCAGGGAAGACUGCAGGCUCGGUGGUAGGUUCCGUGGGCAACAUUGCAGGUUCGGUGAUUGGCACUGCGGGCAAGGUGGCCGGCUCGGCAGGGAAAGCAGCAGGCUCGGCUCUUAGCUCGGUGCCUUCGAUUCUGUCUCCCCUGGUUGUCCUUCCUGGUGCUUGGGUGAAGGCUGCAGUUGAUGCCAAGGUUGGAGUCAACAUUGGUGCUGCUGGUGCAGCUGCAGCAAGCGUGUAUGCGAUGGUGGGAGAGACUCGCCUCUCUGCUGACCUUGCAUCGUCCCUCCUCGCUCGCAUCUCCGCCCGCUCCUCCUCCGCUUCCGCUCCUCUACCCCUCUUCCUCUACCUCAACGCGCACCAGAAUCUCGUUGCCUUCCUGCAGUAA